AUGGCCUCCGUUUCUUACAAUACAGAUGAAGAUGGGACGCUGUGUGCACCGAGCUCGGAGACGUCCCGCGAUCAGCCCCGCGAUCAGUCCCCCGAUCAGCCCCGCGAUCAGCCCCCCGAUCAGCCCCGCGAUCAGUCCCCCGAUCAGCCCCGCGAUCAGUCCCCCGAUCAGCCCCGCGAUCAGUCCCGCGAUCAGCCCCGCGAUCAGCCCCGCGAUCAGUCCCCCGAUCAGCCCCGCGAUCAGCCCCGCGAUCAGCCCCGCGAUCAGUCCCCCGAUCAGUCCCCCGAUCAGUCCCCCGAUCAGCCCCGCGAUCAGCCCCGCGAUCAGUCCCCCGAUCAGCCCCGCGAUCAGCCCCCCGAUCAGCCCCGCGAUCAGCCCCGCGAUCAGUCCCCCGAUCAGUCCCCCGAUCAGCCCCGCGAUCAGUCCCCCGAUCAGCCCCGCGAUCAGUCCCCCGAUCAGCCCCGCGAUCAGCCCCGCGAUCAGCCCCGCGAUCAGUCCCCCGAUCAGCCCCGCGAUCAGCCCCGCGAUCAGCCCCGCGAUCAGUCCCCCGAUCAGUCCCCCGAUCAGUCCCCCGAUCAGCCCCGCGAUCAGCCCCGCGAUCAGUCCCCCGAUCAGCCCCGCGAUCAGCCCCCCGAUCAGCCCCGCGAUCAGCCCCGCGAUCAGUCCCCCGAUCAGUCCCCCGAUCAGCCCCGCGAUCAGUCCCCCGAUCAGCCCCGCGAUCAGUCCCCCGAUCAGUCCCCCGAUCAGCCCCCCGAUCAGUCCCGCGAUCAGUCCCCCGAUCAGCCCCGCGAUCAGCCCCGCGAUCAGUCCCCCGAUCAGUCCCCCGAUCAGUCCCCCGAUCAGCCCCCCGAUCAGCCCCCCGAUCAGCCCCGCGAUCAGCCCCGCGAUCAGUCCCCCGAUCAGUCCCCCGAUCAGUCCCGCGAUCAGUCCCCCGAUCAGUCCCCCGAUCAGCCCCGCGAUCAGUCCCCCGAUCAGCCCCGCGAUCAGUCCCCCGAUCAGUCCCGCGAUCAGUCCCCCGAUCAGUCCCCCGAUCAGCCCCGCGAUCAGUCCCCCGAUCAGCCCCGCGAUCAGCCCCCCGAUCAGCCCCGCGAUCAGUCCCGCGAUCAGUCCCGCGAUCAGUCCCCCGAUCAGUCCCCCGAUCAGUCCCGCGAUCAGUCCCCCGAUCAGUCCCCCGAUCAGUCCCCCGAUCAGCCCCGCGAUCAGUCCCCCGAUCAGCCCCCGAUCAGUCCCGCGAUCAGUCCCCCGAUCAGUCCCGCGAUCAGUCCCCCGAUCAGUCCCCCGAUCAGCCCCGCGAUCAGUCCCCCGAUCAGUCCCCCGAUCAGCCCCCGAUCAGUCCCGCGAUCAGUCCCCCGAUCAGUCCCCCGAUCAGUCCCGCGAUCAGUCCCCCGAUCAGUCCCCCGAUCAAUCCCCCGAGACACACCCAUGGUGGCUAUAAUAAGUGGUUUAGCGUGA